CGCGUUUCCCGGGUCGGUAGUUUCUGCAGCAGCAGCAGCAGAGGAAGUUAAGCAGCAUCGUAAACAUGGCUGACAGUGGAGUGACAGAUGGACUCUGCAGUAUAGAUGACAUUCAACGAGUAAAGUCUGAAGGCAGAGAGCUGACCAAAGAGGAGAAGCAGCGGCUGAGGAAAGAGAAGAAACAGCAUAAGAAAGGCAAAGAGAAAAAAGAUGACAAGGCUCCACAUGAAGGUGAAAAGAAGAAGAAGAAAGAAGAGAAGCCUGUCAGUUCAGCUGCCCAGCCUCCAACGCAACCCUCACAGAAAGUAGUGCCCGCGGCUGCUCCGGUUCCUGUGCCUGCCUCAGAAUCGCCUGCCCCGGCAGAAAAGCCGGCUAAGAGUAAAGCAGACCUGAAGGCUGAGAGGAGAGCUCGGCAAGACGCUGAGAGGGCCUCAAAGCAGGGCAAGAAGGGAGACGUGGGGCAGCCGGCCGCCACGGGGAAACCUAAAGCACCGCCGAGUGAGCUGCAGCCAGUGGUGAAGAGGCUCCCAGAACAUGUCCAAGUGGACAACCCGGACGUUUUAAGGAAACUGGCAAAGAAAUUGGAAAGACAACAGAUCCCACUCCGGUCGGACUACGGCUACAAAGUCAGCCUGUUUUCUCAUCUCCACCAGUACAGUCGCAAAGCCCCUCUAACACAGCAACUUGGCAUUCCCUCCACAGUGAUUCACCCUGCUAUUGUUCGCCUGGGUCUCCAGUAUUCACAGGGCAUUGUGGCCGGAUCCAACGCUCGCUCUGUCGCCCUGCUGCAUGCCUUCAAACAGGUAAUAAGAGACUAUACUACGCCUCCAAAUGAGGAGCUAUCUAGAGACUUGGUCAACAAGCUGAAACCUUAUAUCAGUUUUCUGAAUCAAUGUCGCCCUCUGUCAGCCAGCAUGGGUAAUGCAAUCAAAUACAUCAAGAAAGAGAUCUCCAAUAUUCCUAGUCAAUGCAAAGAAGAAGAGGCAAAGCGCAAACUGCUGCGCUGUAUCGAGGACUACAUUAAUGAGAAGAUCAUCCUUGCUGCUAAAGCUAUUGCCAAGUACUCCAUAGAAAAGAUCAGUGAUGGAGAUGUCAUCCUAGUUUAUGGAUGCUCGUCACUGGUCAACCACAUCCUCUGCGAGGCCUUUGAGAAGAACAGGAAGUUCCGUGUGAUCGUGGUGGAUAGCAGGCCUCGACUGGAGGGCCGGGAGGCCCUGAGGCGCCUUGUCCAGAGAGGCAUCAGCUGCACCUACGUCCUUAUCUCGGCUGUCUCCUACAUCCUUCCAGAGGUAUCAAAGGUGUUCCUUGGUGCUCACGCUCUGCUGGCCAACGGUUACGUCAUGUCUCGCGUGGGGACGUCACAGAUAGCCUUGGUGGCCAAAGCCUUUAACGUGCCUGUGCUGGUGUGUUGUGAGACCUACAAGUUUUGUGAGAGGGUGCAGACUGAUUCCUUCGUGUCCAAUGAACUAGAUGACCCUGAUGACCUCAUUGUGACCCGUAAAGGGAAGACCCAACUAGAGCACUGGCAGGAAGUUACCUCACUUGGCCUGCUCAACCUCGUGUAUGACGUAACGCCGCCCGACUUCGUGGACAUAGUCAUCACAGAUCUGGGAAUGAUCCCGUGCACCUCGGUCCCUGUGGUGCUUCGAGUGAAAAACGUGGACCAGUGAACGACCUCCUGCUCUCACCAGUCAGAGCGCAGAGGCUGUUUCUGUGUGUGUGUGUUCUUUGAUGGGGGAGUUUGUGAGCUUGAAUGCUUGCACACAACACAAUAUCGUGCUUUGAGCAUGCAAUAAAUAUAUAUCUGAAAAGGCAUAAACAUUUUU